AUCUGGUUCGUCCUCAUUCUGGACCGGACCGGCCCAAACACGAACCGUGUUCAUAUAAGUAAAUGGAGACCCGGGAGUGGUUGAAGGCCAAACCUGUCUCUCUUCGCUGUUUAAUGGUAUGAGAUGGUGGCCUCCGCCUUGGUCACCGAUGUCGCCUGCCCUCCGGCGUUCUCCGCCUUCUGCCGCCUCGGCCCCAGGAUCUCCCUCGGAAGCGACCUAAUCGCUGCCGCUGAUGACGACAAGGCUGAUGAACCGGGCAGGGAGGGACCUGACGGGGAUGAAUCUGGUGGCGACUUCGUCGACUUCGAGUUCCGACUGCAUGAUCCCGUUGCCAUGCUCCCCGCCGACGAGCUGUUUGUCGAUGGGAAGCUGGUGCCUCUCCAAAUGGCGGUGGCGAAGCCGGUGGCGUUGCGUUCCGCUGCCGAGAUCCCCUCGCCGGAGCGAGCGAAGACGCUGCGAAUGGCCGAGGAUUCCGGAUCGGACCCCUACGCCUUCUCUCCCCGAGCGCCGAGCUGCACCAGCCGGUGGCGGGAGCUGCUCGGCCUCAAGAGAGCGGCGACGCCGAAGCCCGAUCCGGUGAAGGUUUCUCCUGCCCUCGCCGCCGCCAAAUCCAAGAACCCUAACCCUGACGCCAGGUCCCUUAAGCAUUUGUUUCACCGGAAUCUCAAAAUGUCCCCGCUCGAGGCGUCGCUAAGCCUUCCUCUUCUCCACAACACCAAGUCGGACUCCGUUUCGAUCUCCUCCCGCGGCCCUGACCACGAGGACCCCCCCCGGCUCUCUCUUGACUCGGACAAACCCAGCCACCACAUCCCGACGGUCCGGUUGGUCCGGCCACUUCCGGCUGUGGCGGAACCAGGCCGGAGCCGGAUCAGACGGACAGCGUCGUCGGAGAUAACGCCGCCGCCGAUUGUGCCGGUGGACAGUCCUAGGAUGAACCCGUCGGGGAAGGUUGUGUUCCACGGGCUGGAGCGGAGCUCAAGCAGCCCGGGGAGCUUCACGGGCGGUCCGAGGCCGCGGGCGCGGGGGAUGGAGCGGUCCUACUCCGCCACCGUCGUCCGGGUGACCCCGGUGCUCAACGUCCCGGUCUGCUCCCUCCGCGGCUCGGGAAGGGCCUGCCCGGCCUUCGGGUUCGGCCAGCUGUUCUCGCCGCAGAAGCAGGAGAAGCCUGUCCGGGGCUCGUCUGCGACUCGCAGCGAGAAAACCACGAACCAGAGGGAUUAGUCGGUUCUCUGUUCCAUUUUUUCCCUCCAAAACCUUUGUGGGGUUGGGGGAUGUGCUCCUGUCAGCGCAACCGUCCUCUUUGAGCUAUCGUGCGCCGGAACACGGGUUUAACGAAAUGGUUGGUGGCGCCGUCCUCCGCCGCCGUACGCUUGUGUGUACCCCCUUGUGAUGUGCGCUGCCUUCCAAGCCACACUGCCAUGGAUGACUCUAAAAUGUUCUACAAUUCGAUGAUGAUUUAUACGAUUAUUUUUA